AAAAAAAAAUAAGCAACAAUGUCGUAGUCAUUUCUGAUGAAAUGAAACGUAGAUGAUCUAUCUUGUCUUUGUCAACUUAGUUGACGAAAUCAAAAUGGCGUCUUUCACGGGAUAACGCAUAUACGCCGCACACUGGACAGUUUUAAUUAUCGUGGGUGUCACUAAUAUCAGUGAAAAGGAUUACAAGUGAACAAUAAUAUAGUGUCAAACUAUUUAAGUGCCUAAAAUAAUCUGACUUAAGUUUCAUAUCGUCGCUAUACACGACUAUUUGCAAAGAGGAGCGCGCGCGCUUCUACACGAUGAGUACAGACGGUUGAGGCGGCCGCGCGCGCCACUACAGAAAUGUCGUUCUUUAAUAACCUUAAGAAGGUGCUCCACCUCGGCGGCGGCAAUGACGCGAAAAAGAAGAAGGUGUUUAACAACAUCCGCGACAACAGCGACCCCACCGAGAUCUGGGACAUGGUGGGCGAGCUCGGCGAUGGCGCGUUUGGGAAGGUGUACAAAGCGCAACACAAGACCACCGGCCAGCUCGCCGCCGCCAAGAUGUGCGUUCUCGACAACGAGGACGACCUUGCCGACUUCACCGUCGAGAUCGACAUCCUCAGCGAGUGCAGGCACCCCAACGUGGUGGAGCUGCACGAGGCGUACUUCAUCGAGAACAAGCUAUGGAUGCUACUAGAAUACUGCGACGGCGGCGCACUCGACUCCGUAAUGUCUGAGCUCGAAAAAGGCCUCAGUGAGAAGCAGAUAGCCUACGUGUGCCGCGAGAUGACGCGCGGCCUCGAGUUCCUGCACUCGCGGCGCGUCAUACACCGCGACCUGAAGGCCGGCAACGUGCUCGCCACCAUGCAGGGCGGCGUCAAGCUGGCGGAUUUCGGCGUCUCGGCGAAGAAUAAGUCCACAUUACAAAAGCACGACACCUUUAUCGGUACGCCGUACUGGAUGGCGCCUGAGGUGGUGCUAUGUGAGACGUUCCGGGACAACCCGUACGAUUUCAAGGUGGACAUCUGGUCGCUAGGCAUCACUCUGAUCGAGUUCGCGCAGAUGGAGCCACCGAACCACGAGAUGACGCCGAUGCGCGUCCUCCUCAAGAUACAAAAGAGCGAGCCGCCCUCGCUGGAGCAGCCCAGCAAGUGGAGCCACGCCUUCAACGAUUUCAUCUCUAAAGCACUAGUCAAGGACCCUGAAAAGAGGCCAACCUCCAGCGAGCUGCUCAAGCAUGAGUUUGUCUCCGGCAACCUGGACGCGAAGCCUCUCCGGGACCUGCUACUCGAGUACCGGGCUGAGGUGGUCGAGGAGGAGCUGCUGGAUGAUGAUUCAGAGGAACAUCGCAGCUCUCAGAUGCAUAUGGAGAUGGAAGAUGACUCGACCUCGGUGCGGUCGGCGGACACGCCGGACGUCAAAAUGUCCGAGCAAGAGCCGGCGGCCGGCGCGACGCCCGUCCCCGCCGCCGCGCCCGCACCCGCACCCGCGCCCGCGCCCGCGCCGCCCUCCCCCCGCGCGGCCGCCCCCGCACCGCCCGCCCCCGCGCCCGCGCCGCCCGCCGCCGCCGCCGCCAAGCGCCCCCACACCGACGACCACGUGCCCGCUGACAGGAAACCCGCCCCAAAGAAAGAGAAAGGCCCCGCGCCUUUGCCGCCGGGCGCGUCGCCGCCGGCCUCCCCCGCGCCCGCCGCCGCCGCCCCCGCCCCCGCUGCCGCCCCCGCUACCACCGCCCCCGCCCCCGCCGCGCCCCGCAAGCCCCCCGCGCCGCCCCCGCCGCAGCAGGCGGCCGGCGAGCUGCUAGUCGAUCAGGUGUGUCGGGAAGCGGAGAAAGUGGUAGAAGAAAAACACAAAACGCCAGAGAAAAAAGACACAAAAGACAAACCGAAACCCGAGCCGAGCUUAGAAAAAGAACCACCCAGAACAGUACAGCAGAAUUCCAUCGAAAAAGACGUUAGAGUUAAGAGCAGACCUAGUUCCAUAAUCAGCGAUUCCAGCACAGAAGGAAAAAAAUAUAUCAGGACAGAUUCCAGCGAAGGAAAGAAAUAUUCCAGAACGAAUUCGGUAGAGAAGGCGGUUGUAGAAAUUGAGAAUAGAACUAGGGAAGAGAGGAGAGAGAAGAGCAGAGAACGGCAGAGGGAAGAGAGUAAGAGUAUAGAGACAAAUGCUGUAGAAAUUAGGCCUGUUACGCCGCCACAACCCAAAGAGCCGAUUCACAAGCCAUCAGCGCCCCCCCUCCCCGCCGUCGCCCAGCAAGUGGUGACCGUGGCCACGCCGGUGCUGGUGGCCGUGAGCGAGCGCGUGUCGCUGGUGGUGGAGCCGGUGGAGCCCAACUCGCUGGCCGCCACGCCCGCCGGCCUCGUCACCGUCACCACCACGCACCCGCCCGUGCUGGCCGCCAACGCUCCCCUCCCGCCCAAUGCGGUGACGAUCUCUACGACGCCGCCCAUCGCCGACGAGGUGGUCAUCGUGGGCGCCGGCUCCUCGUCCGACGACGACUGCUUCGCUCCCUCGUCGCUCGACUCGCUGGACUGCACUAAUUCAUAUACGGAGAAAACUCGAGGGCGCAGGUUGGACAGCAGCGAAGUGCUGAUACUGAGCCCGGGCGCCGCCGGCGACUCGGGCGUCUUCGACGACAGCAUCAACAAUGUCAAUAUCAAUGAUACAUCGCACGUAUCAGUAGUGACGGUGGGCAGCGAGGAGCCGCGCGUGCGCGACUCGGCCGCGCCCGGCUCGCGCGUCGCACGGCUCAGUCCCGACAGUUUCGAGAGCAGGAGAUCGCAGUCUGACAGCGGGUCGGUGGCGUCGGAAGGGUCCCGGCGCGGCGCCGACGCGGACUCGCUCGCCACCUCGCACUCGCACGACUCGCACUCGCGCCGCUACUCCAACCCCGGCGCCAACAACGGCCUCAUAGUGAACCAAGACAACCAAGUCCUAGAGAACGGCAACCAAGAAGAGCAAGUGGUGCUCCGACGAAAGAACCAAGAUGGACAACCCAACAACAGGAUACAAAGGUCGAAAGAAGACAUCCACAUGGCUAACCUCAAGAAGAAGACGAGGAAACGCACGAGAAAGUUCGAGAUAGAUGGCGUGAUGGUCACCACCACUACUUCCAAAGUCAUAUGGGGCGACGAGGAAAGCGGGCGCACCUGGGACGACCACGCACUGCGCAAACAAGAGCUGCGAGAGAUCAAGAUGCUGCAGAAGCAGGAACAGAAGCAGUUCCAGGACCUCAGCGCCAAGGAGCAGCAGCUGCGCGAGCAGCAGGACAAGCGGUUCGAAGCGGAGCUGGCGUCACUAGCGCGCGCGCACGAGACGGACCUGGAGACGCUCGCCCGCGCGCAGCGCGCCGCCGCCGAGCGCGCCGAGCAGCAGCUGGAGGCCGAGCUCCGCCAGGCCGCCAAGAGGCUGCGCGCCGAGCACGAGCGGGACCUCCGCCACUUCAGGGACCAGCUCAAACAGGAGCUCAGGCUGCUCAAACAGGAAGUGGAGCUAGUAUCAAAGGACCGUCGUAAGGACGCGUACAGACAGCGGCGAGCGCGGCUCGACGCCGAGCACGCGGAGCGCGAGCGCUCGUUCGUGGCGUCGCUGGCCGAGGCCGGGGACGCGCUGCUGCGGCGCAUGCACGAGCACCACCGCGAGCGGCAGGCGCUCACCGACACGCAGUACCUGCAGCAGCGGCAACAGAUAAUGCGAACCCGCGAAGCCGCCCUCUGGGAGUUGGAAGAGAAGCAGAUCCAUGAGCGGCACCAGCUGGCCAAGCGACAGCUCAAGGAGGAGUUCCUGCUGCGCCGACACCAGAUGCUAGUCCGACACGACAAGGAACUCGAGCAGAUCAAAAGAAAAAACACCCGCAAAGAAGAAGAGCUAGCCAAAGGCCAGGCGGUGGAGAAGCGCUCGCUGCCCAAACGCAUCCGCGGCGAGAUGCGCGCGCGCGAGAUGAUGUUCCGCGAGUCGCUGCGGAUCGGCGCGCACCACGACGACGAGCGCGAGCGGCUCAAAAAGUUCCAAGAGAACGAGAAACGGCGGUAUCGUGCCGAGCAGCAGAGAUUGGCCACCAAACAUACCAAGGCGAGAGAAGAGCUCAAGGCUGCCGGAGAGGCAUUGCUUCGCGAGCUCGAACAGUAUCAAAACGAGAAGCGCAAAGCGCUGAUGAACCACGAGAGCAACAAGAUGAAGGCGGUCGAGGAGCGCUACUCGCACGAGCUGAAGGAGUGGCGCGCCACCCUCGGCGACCGCAAGAUGGCGUUAGAAGACGAGUUUGCAGCCCAACUGGAAGAACAGGAGAGGCAGACGGCAAACGCGCGUCUCCCGCCGCCGCCGCCGCCGCCGGCCCCGCCAAGCAUGCCGCAACACAGCUCCGCGCUUCACUCGUCGCGGACCAGUCUGGCUUCCAGCCAUUACGACUGACGAAAGUGGAAACCACCAAAAUAAAUGAAUGUUCUAUUGUGAACAUAGCAAACCUACACGCACUUAUACGAUGAAACGGAUGAGCCUUGUGGUUUGCCAAUGUAUGCACCUUUAGAAUAAUAAGGCCUAAUUAAGAUCGUAGCGAAACCUAUAGAAGCGAAUAAUAUCAUGUUUGUCAUACAGCUGAACAGGCAUUAAUUUAUUUCAAGGACCUUACAUUUUUGUUUGUUACACGAAGUGGACGCUUAGACAAUUUCCUAGAAUAAUAUUUGAAUUUAAGGUUUCUUUAACUUGUUAAUUGCAAGAAAUUUGCUUCAAUUUGAACAGGUCACCUCUGUUUAGGUUUCUAGGCCUUAUUAUUUUUAUCUAGGGGCUUUUUUCUUUAGGUUGAAUAUCUUGAACUGUCCGUGUCCAGAAAGUGAAGGUGCGAAUAUCCGCGCUUAGAAUGUAACUACGAUACUAAUAAAGCCUUUAUAGUGAAAAAUAUGAAACAUAUUUAGUUAUCGGCUCUAGGAAUCUAUUGGAAUUUAUGGUUAGUAACAGAGACGGUGUCAAAAAACUAUCUACAAAGGUGCGUCAAAGGUAAGACGUUGCUCAAUUUAGGUUAGGCAUACCAGUCAUGUUCCCUUGGCGCUUCGUCAAAAAAACUAGCUAACUACGAACCCCUAGAUAUAUAAAUAAAUGAGUGAAAAAGAAUCUCGGAAACUGCAAUCUCGUGCGGUGCUUAAAUGUUAAGGUUUUUAUUGCGGCUAAAUAUCAAAUGAAUGUGAAUAAAUUACAAAGAUGUAAGUGAAUCUGUUGUCGUAAAUAUCGUAAAAUUGAUUUAAUCGUUUUAAAGUAAGGGUUAUGCAACCUACUGAUGGAUACAAUUAAGUAUACCUACGUUUAGGACAACGAAGCCAAGAAAGUGAGAAAUGACAACUAUAGUGGAGCCACUUUAGUGUCACUCACACGCUUCUAUUAGCUUAUUUUAAUAGCGAAAGAGAUGAAAAUAUUCUUAAUUGGGUUUGACUUUUUAACAUUACGGCUUAGCGGGCUUAGUACCUACGUUUUUUAAAAACAAAUAAUAAAUAAAAAGACAACUUCACGUGACCUAGGAAAUGCUUAGUGUUAUUACAUGCACGUUUUAUGCUAAAGAAAUCUGGUUUGCCACUUAAAAUAGGUGCAAAUGCAGCAUUUUUGGAGUAUAUUUAAAUCAAGUGCCAAAUGAACUGAAAAUUUAUAAAACGAACCAGUAAAUAUCUACUUAAUUGGUUUAAGGCAAGGGUCUUUUUAGGGGCAUAGUCGCAAAUUUGGGCCUUGGGGCAAGGUUGUGUCUCGUAGGAGACGUAGGUGUAAAGAAUAAGUUAUGGCGCUAAAAGAACGCUUUAAAGUGGAUUUUGCAAUAAAGUAUUCGGUAAAGAAAAGGAAUUGAUUGUGUGUUAAUCAAAGGUGCUUAUUGUGGAUGUGAAGCGAUUUAGGUGUGAUUAUUAUAGUUCUCGGCAGUUAGGAUGUCAAUCUCAAUAUUUUGUUUAAAAACUACACUUGUAGAAUGUAUCGAAAUAACAUCAGUCGUUACGAGCCAUGUUUGAAUAUGGAACCGAAACUUGUCGCGCGCUAUCUAGCAACUAAAAAUGUAUAAGUUGUGACUCCUUGUGAGUCACAUGAACCUAGCCGCCGCGCCGCCAUACAAUCCAAGUUACGCUCUCAUUUUAAAAUGACAUACGAGACGACCGGUCUGGCCUAGUGGGUAGUGACCCUGCCUGUGAAGCCGAUGGUCCUGGGUUCGAAUCCCGGUAAGGGCAUUUAUUUGUGUGAUGAGCACAGAUAUUUGUUUCAGAGUCUUGGGUGUUUUAUAUUUAUAUAUAUCGUUGUCUAAGUACCCACAACACAAGCCUUCUUGAGCUUACUGUGGGACUUAGUCAAUCUGUGAAAGAAUGUCCUAUAAUAUUUAUUUAUUUAUUUAUACUGAAUCAACAUUAAAUUUAACAUUCAAGUAACAUAUAUCUAUGUCUGGUACUAGUUUGUUGCUAGUAAUUGUAAUACAAAUAAAUUAGACGGGAGUAGAAGUUUUACAUACAAAACUCCGCCAAUGCAAAGUUUAAUAUAAAAGCAUGUCGUUUUAAAAUGAGAGCGUAACUCGAUUGUAUGGGAGCGGCUUUUAGGCGGCGAGUUCGUGUGACUCUUGAGCCGUUAAAAUCAAUUUGACAACUGACUUUUUUUUUGUAUAGUGGGAAAAUAAUUGUGAUGAUAGGAGCAAUCCAAUCAUAUCGAAAAAGUUUUAAGACUGGUCAAUUUUUGAUAAAAAUCUUAAGUGUGGUACUCGUAUUUAAACAUUCUUAAAAGUAAAAUAAGAAAUAGAGUCAAAUUAAAGUGGCCUAAAUAAAAUUACGCUGUAUAAAGCAAUUCCAUAGACUUAAGUGAACGAAGCGAAGACGUCCUUACUAAACGAACGAUGUUGGUAAUAGGUAGGUUUUUAGAAAAAAAAAAUAGAAGAUUAACUUACAGUGUGCAUAGCGUUUAGUUAAACCUUGACGCGUACAAACGAUUCUUCAUUAGGUACAUGAGUCCGCACAGAACGAGCCGCCUCGCGAGGAAAUUGCCGCGCGAAGCAACUCUGUCUGUGUAGA